AUGGACGACGGGCUCGAUGCAAUUUUGAGUCAGGUGGCAGAAACCGCGGAAAAAAACUACUAUGAGUUACUAAAUGAAAGUAGUGACAAUUUAUUUUUAUCUCAAGUACCUCUGGAUUGUUACGAUAUUAAACAGGAUAAUAACAUUGCUGAAGCUUCCUUUGAUCUUGGAUUAGACUUUCUGUUCGAGACUGAACAAAAUGCAGUAUCUGACGACAGCGCGUUGCUAAAACCACAGAGUUCGGAAAUGAAAUGCGAAAGUGAUGACCGUUUCGGCAAACCGGUCACGGACAAGGAAAUUGAAGAGCUUAAAUCCUCGAAACGAAACAAAAACACCGCCAAAAACACUCGGUGGGCGUAUAAAGUUUUCGAAACCUGGCGACAACACCGUGAUUCGAAUAACAUACCAGAACUUCAUUCUAUGGACAAAUCAGUGUAG